CUUUUAAAUAAUAUCCCUUUCAAUCUUGACUUUUCCUCAACCUCUCUCUUUCUUCCCUUUUUUUUCUUGAUAAAUAGAUUCCAAUUUGGUUCUUUCCUCCCUCCAUUUGCCUUCUCUUUGAUCUCUUAAUCUUGCGGUCGUGAUGCAGAUCACAAAGCCAUGGUUUUGAUUCUUCAAUAGAUCUAUUCUCCAUCGUUGUUCAGAUUCUUUUUCUUCCUCAAAUUCCAAAGUUGUCUUUUUUCUUCCUGGGUUUGAUUUGUUUUCCUUAUUUGAAAUGUAAAGUUAGGGCCUUUGAAUCUGUUUAUGACUUUGAAAAAUCUUGAUCUCCAUGGAUCAAAGUUAGGAGCUUUUUGAGUUAAAGUUUCUGCAAAAAGAACAAAAAAAAAUGGCUACUUUAACUGAGCCAUCAUCAUCCUUAAGCUUCACGUCUUCUCAUUUCUCUAAUGUCUCUGUUGGGUCUAACCAUUUCUCACCAAGCUCAGCUUCUAACCUCGAAGUUAUGCAUUUUAUCUGCAAGAAGCAAGUUCUUCCAGGAGCUGUUCAAGAAAGAUAAGAAAAGUUGCAAGAUUGAGAAACCAAAGUACCAUUUGAAAGAGGUGUUGCCUUAUGGAGCUGUUGGGCAUGAAGCUUUUGUUUAUUUCCUUAGUUAUAUCUACACUGGGAGGUUAAAGCCAUUCCCUUUGGAGGUUUCCACUUGUGUUGAUUCUGUUUGUGCUCAUGAUUCUUGUCGACCUGCUAUUGAUUUCGUCGUUGAGUUGAUGUAUGCUGCAUCUAUUCUCCAAGUGCCUGAGCUUGUUUCGUCUUUUCUGCGGCGGCUUUGUAACUUUGUGGAGAAGUCACUUGUUGAGAAUGUUCUUCCCAUUCUUUUGGUAGCUUUCAACUGUAAGCUGACUCAGCUUCUUGAUCAAUGUAUUGAGAGAGUGGCUAGGUCAGAUCUCUACAGGUUCUGUAUUGAAAAGGAGGUUCCUCUAGAAGUAGCAGAGAAGAUCAAACAGAUUCGUCUCAAGUCUCCACAAGAAGAAGAAGAAAACAGUCCCAAGGUUUCGGAUAAAAUCCUCAAGGCGUUGGAUUCAGAUGACGUUGAGCUUGUGAAGUUGCUUUUGACUGAGUCAGAUAUCACUCUAGAUGAAGCCAAUGGUCUUCAUUACUCAGUGGUGUAUAGUGAUCCCAAAGUUGUUGCCGAGAUUCUUACUCUUGAUAUGGGUGAUGUCAACCACAGAAACUCACGUGGCUACACGGUUCUUCAUCUCGCAGCCAUGCGCAAAGAGCCGUCCAUCAUCAUAUCUCUUCUCAAGAGAGGUGCCAAUGCGUCUGGCUUCACGUGUGAUGGACGCAGUGCGGUUAAUAUAUGUAGAAGAUUGACAACUCCAAAGGAUUAUCAUACGAAAACAGCUGCGAAAGGGAGGGAAGCUAGUAAAGCACGGUUAUGUAUAGAUCUCUUGGAAAGAGAAGUAAGGAGGAACCCUAUGGUUGUUGAUUCACCAAUGUGUUCCCUUUCUAUGCCUGAAGAUCUCCAAAUGAGACUGUUAUACUUAGAAAAGAGAGUGGGGCUUGCUCAGUUGUUCUUUCCAACAGAAGCUAAAGUGGCUAUGGACAUUGCUAAUGUAGAAGGUACAAGCGAGUUCACUGGUCUUCCACCACCUUCAAAUGGGUUAACUGGAAACUUGAGUCAGGUUGAUUUAAAUGAAACUCCUCAUAUGCAAACCAAAAGACUUCUUACUCGUAUGGAGGCUCUAAUGAAAACAGUUGAGACCGGUCGUAGGUACUUUCCAUAUGGAUCUGGAGUUCUAGAUAAGUACAUGGAGGAGUACAUAGACGACGACAUUCUAGAUGAUCUACAGAUUGAGAAGGGAUCUCCACAGGAGAGAAGAUUGAAAAGAAUGAGAUAUAGAGAGCUUAAGGAUGAUGUCCAAAAGGCGUAUAGCAAAGACAAAGAGUCUAAGAUUGCACGGUCUUGUCUUUCUGCCUCUUCCUCGCCUUCUUCUUCGUCUUCUUUAAGAGAUGGACUGAAGAACUCAACAUGAAACUGUAGUAUAAGUUCAAUGUGGUUUGAUAUCUUUGCUGAAAAAGUUUUUUUUUUUUGUUUUGGGUGUUGUUUAGAUACUUUAGGUUCAGUUUAAAUAAAAGAGGGAUGGGUAGUUAGUCUUACAACAGUAAAAUUACUUACUAACCCAAAACAUUCUAACUACAUGCAAGUAUGCAACCUUUUAAAUUUUAAUAUUUUGGUAUAUACUUUCAGUUUCAGACUA